AAGGGUAAGGUAGUUUGGACCUUUAUAAAUACCUGUAGUGCCCUCCUUGACGCUGCCGAGAAAGAGCGGCUGCUAGCGAAGGACGGAAGGGCACAGGGUUGCCGGGCCCUGCGGUCCAGCCCGAGGAUGCCCUCCGCGGGCAACCGCGGGCUGCGUUUAUGGAUUCAGGCUGGAAACUCCCGCGUCCCUGCAGCUGCAGCAAACUCUCAGGCAGUCUGGCAAAAGCAGUUCCCUCACUAAACAUAUAACAGAAAACAAGUUUCCAUUUGCCUAAUGCAAAUAAUGCUCGCCCUCGAAACAUUACGUCUUUCUGAGAUAAUAAAUUUGACCUUUCGUUGCCAGUGCCUGCAGUUAUUUUGAUUUUUCCUUGGCUAUGCUCUGGCUAUACGAAAAUGGUCUAAGGUUUGAUAAGGAGAUUUCGGAGUGCCCAGAAGUGACUCCUUUGCUCCCGAAUACUCUCCCACCGCGCAGAUUUUCGGGGCUCCUUCUCGUCGCGCUGCCGUCGCGGGGUGUAAGUUUGAGAUGGGGGAACCAGCAGUCAGUGGCUUGCCGUCCGCCCCUGAAGAGUAACCUCUUGGAAUGCAAAGAGGUGGGGCUCCGGAGGACCUGUCAUUAAAGGUUCGUAUGGGUGGGACCGAGAGACGGGAGUGAGGGGAGGGAGUGGUCCGCGGGUGGGAUCUGUCGAGCAGACAAAAUGUGGGGCCCCUGUCCUUGAGGGUCAACUCGCCUCUUCCUGAGUGAGCAGCAAGGCAUCCGUGGUGACCCUCCCAGGGGCGCGCGGAGGAGAGAAAAGCGACCAAGAUAAGAGUGGACAGGAAAAAAGCGAGACAUGUUCUCCUCGAAACAGUCCCCUGCCCUCGCUCGGGAAGAGCGCUACCGCACAGCCGGGGCCCCGGAGCGGGUCUUGAGAGCCGAUGACGGUAGCAUGGGUGACGGCUGCUCGCAGAAGCUGGCGACUGCUAAUAUUCUCCGUUUCCUGUUGCUGGUCCUGAUUCCAUGUAUCUGUGCUCUUAUUGUCCUGCUGGUGGUUCUGCUUUGCUUUGUUGGAACAUUAAAAAAGGCCUAUUUUAAAUCAAAUGGGAGUGAACCUUUGGUCACUGAUGGUGAAGUCCAAGUGUCUGAUGUUAUUCUUACAAACACAGUUUAUAACGAGAGCCCUGUGACAUCCACUGCACAUCCCAGCCAACACAUUCCAGCCUGGACCACGGAUGCUUCUUUCCCAGAGGACCACAACCACAGGAACACAAGUGCCUGCACGAGAAUCACCCACAGCCAGUGUCAGAUGCUGCCCUACCGCACCACGCUAACACCUCUCCUCUCAAUUAUCAAAAACAUGGAAAUGGAGAAGUUCCUCAAGUUCUUCACAUACCUCCAGCGCCUCAGUUGCUAUCAACAUAUCAUGCUUUUCGGCUGUAGCCUCGCCUUCCCUGAGUGCAUCGGUGAUGGUGAUGACAGCCAUGGACUCCUGCCCUGUAGGUCCUUCUGUGAGGCUGCAAAAGAGGGCUGUGAAUCAGUCCUGGGGAUGGUGAACGCCUCUUGGCCCGAUUUCCUCAAAUGCUCCCAGUUUAGAAACCAAACCGAAAGCAGCAACGUCAGCAGGAUCUGCUUCUCCCCACAGCAGGAAGAAGGAAAGCAAUUGCUCUGCGGAGAAAGCGAGAGCUUUCUGUGUGCCAGUGGAAUCUGCGUCCCCAGGAAACUGCAGUGUAACGGCUACAACGACUGUGACGACUGGAGUGAUGAGGCUCAUUGCAAUUGCAGUAAGGAUCUGUUUCAUUGUCACACGGGCAAGUGCCUUAAUUACAGCCUCGUGUGUGAUGGGUAUGAUGACUGUGGGGACCUGAGUGAUGAGCAAAACUGUGAUUGCAAUCCCACUGAGGAGCAUCGCUGUGGAGAUGGGCGCUGCAUUGCAAUAGAGUGGGUGUGUGACGGUGACCAUGACUGUGUGGAUAAGUCUGAUGAGGCCAAUUGCUCCUGUCACAGCCAGGGUCUAGUGGAAUGCAGAAAUGGCCAGUGCAUCCCCAGCACUUUCCAGUGCGAUGGCGACAAGGACUGCAAGGACGGCAGUGAUGAGGAGAGCUGCGGUGACAGUCAGACUCCAUGUCAAGAAGGUGACCAAAGAUGCCGCUACAAUUCCUGCCUUGAUUCGUGUGGUGGUAGCUCUCUUUGUGACCCGAACAGUCCAAAUAACUGUAGUCAAUGUGAACCAAUUACGUUGGAACUCUGCAUGAAUUUGCCCUACAACCAUACAAAUUAUCCAAAUUACCUUGGCCACAGGACUCAAAAGGAAGCAUCCAUCAGCUGGGAGUCCUCUCUCUUCCCUGCACUUGUUCAAACCAACUGCUACAAAUACCUCAUGUUCUUUGCUUGCACCAUUUUGGUACCAAAGUGUGAUGUGAAUACCAACCACCGUAUCCCCCCUUGCAGAGCACUGUGUGAGCACGCCAAAGAACACUGUGAGUCUGUUCUCGGGGUCGUGGGCCUACAGUGGCCUGAAGACACAGAUUGCAAUCAAUUUCCAGAGGAAAAUUCAGACAAUCAAACCUGCCUAAUGCCUGAUGAAGAUGUAGAAGAAUGCUCACCUAGUCACUUCAAGUGCAGCUCAGGACGGUGUGUUCUGGCUUCCAGAAGAUGUGAUGGUCAGGCUGACUGUGAUGAUGACAGUGAUGAAGAAAAUUGUGGCUGUGAGGAGAGAGAGCUUUGGGAAUGUCCAUCUAAUAAACAGUGUCUGAAGCCCAUAGUCGUCUGUGAUGGGUUCCCAGACUGCCCUGAAAGCAUGGAUGAAAAAAACUGCUCACUUUGCCAAGAUGAUGACCUAGAAUGCGCAAACCACGAGUGUGUGUCGCGUGACCGGUGGUGUGACGGUGAAGCCGACUGCUUAGACAGUUCAGAUGAGUGGGACUGUGUGACCCUCUCUAAAAAGGUGAACUCCUCUUCAUUCUUGACUGUGCACAAAUCUGCCAGAGAACACCAUGUGUGUGCAGACGGCUGGCAGGAGACGUUGAGUCAGCUGGCCUGCAAGCAGAUGGGUUUAGGAGAGCCGUCUGUGACCGGAAUGAUACAGGAGCAGGAGCAAGACCAGCAGUGGCUGACACUACACUCCAACUGGGAGAGCCUCAGUGGGACCACUUUGCAUGAACUGCUGGUCGAAGGGCAGUCUUGUCACAGCAGAAGUAAGAUUUCUCUUCUGUGUACUAAACAAGACUGUGGGCACCGCCCUGCUGCCCGAAUGAACAAAAGGAUCCUCGGGGGUCGGACGAGUCGCCCUGGAAGGUGGCCAUGGCAGUGUUCCCUGCAGAGUGAACCCAGUGGACACAUUUGUGGCUGUGUCCUCAUUGCCAAGAAGUGGGUUCUGACGGUUGCCCACUGCUUCGAGGGGAGAGAGAAUGCUGCCGUUUGGAAAGUGGUGUGUGGCAUCAACAAUCUAGACCAUCCAUCGACGUUCAUGCAGACGCGCCACGUGAAAACCAUCAUCCUGCACCCUCGCUAUAGUUGGGCAGUGGUGGACUAUGACAUCAGCAUAGUGGAGUUGAGUGAGGACAUCAAUGAAACGAGCUACGUCCGGCCGGUCUGCUUACCCAACACGGGGCAGUUAUUAGAACCUGAUACCUACUGCUACAUCACAGGCUGGGGGCACAUGGGCAACAAAAUGCCUUUUAAGCUGCAGGAGGGAGAAGUCCGCAUUAUUCCUCUGGAGCAGUGUCAGUCCUACUUUGACAUGAAGACCAUCACCACCCGGAUGAUCUGUGCAGGCUAUGAGUCGGGCACAGUCGACUCGUGCAUGGGUGACAGCGGUGGGCCUCUUGUUUGUGAGCGGCCUGGAGGAGAGUGGACAUUAUUUGGUUUAACUUCAUGGGGUUCCGUCUGCUUUUCCAAAGUCCUGGGGCCUGGAGUUUAUAGCAAUGUCUCAUAUUUCGUCGAAUGGAUUGAAAGACAAGUAUACAUCCACACUUUUCUCCUAAACUAAUUCCAAAGAUCAUUGGAGACUUUUGCCAGCAACUCAAAGAAAAUGCCUUCUGACCGUGGAGAGCUCCUGCAGAGAGCUGUACAGCAGCACUUUUCAUGGACUGAGGUGCCCAACAGUGCACUGCAAAUUUUCAUGUUUGUUUUGGUCUAAUUUUAUUCAGCUUUCUUUUUCAACUGUAUUUUUCUCUUAUUUCAAAUUCAAUGAAAGUCUGGAAACAGAGCAAAGCAGAUUUUGUUCUUUUGCCAGGCCUAACCUCGACUGUAGCAAGAAAUUAUUGACUCUGGAGAGAGUUAGAAUAAUGCAGGUGCUAGGGUAACAGGUUAUAGAAAAUUCUCUUUAUCCAAUCACAAGAAGGACAUUGAGAUCCAGGCUGACUAAUCUUCGCCAGCUUUUGUUUCUCAAGCCCAAUAGCAUAGUGGCAAAUUUCAGUAUCAACAUUGGAGACUUGCUUUUGAUUUAUUAAAGGCCAAGAUAAUUUACAUGCUUAAAUUAUUUACUAGGACUCUUCUAAAGUUUGCAUAAUUCUGAGAACUUAUGAAAGACAGUCAGAGGUAAAAGACAAGUAGCAUCCAUUUUGGUGGCUGAAAUAGCAAGACAUAUUGAACACAAAGCUCUUCAGACAUCAACGUUAGCACUUGACAUUAUAGGACUGCCCAUUCUGAAUUUAAAUCAAGGUUGUCAUUUUAUAGAAAAAUCUCUAUAGACCCUUCCCUGUAGCUGGGGUUUCUUAAGUGUCUAUCAGUUGACUGAGAUUUCAACAAAUAGGGAAAUAUUUUGUUCUGCCUAUGUGACAAUGAAGUUGAGAUUAAACUUUGCUAAAGGAGAACUUACUUUAGACUGGAGAGAUGCAAUUUCUUAAAAAGAAAAUUAAAUUGCACCUGAUUCCCAAUUCGAUAUUCCAGUUUUCAUGUGUUCGUCCAUCCCAAUAAUGUCACAGAAAUGUAUCUCAAAGCACAGCAAAACUUUGCAUGGAGUAAAACACUUUGUAAUUUUCUGUGAAAGAUAUUUAACAUCUGGUGUUGCCAUUUCUUCUUAUUGAUAAUCAAAACAAAAAUUUAAAGAUGCUUUUAAGCACUAGGCCCAGUGCUAGUGAUUUUACACUUAUCAAUUUCUGAAGUAAUUAGUGGUUAAAGUAUGUUUCCCCACUAAAAAGCUUCAAAACACAAAUCUUCACAUGUACCUUAGUCAGGCAUCCAUUCUGCAACAUCCAAAUGCCUAAAAUGUUUAAAAAACAGUAGGAUUCUCUGCUAACCUCCACCAGCAACCUGGACUGCCUCAGCAUUCCACAGAGAGACUACCUGCAAUUUUAUACAUGUAUUUUUGCACUCUUUUCUAUGUGUACACGUAUUUGAAAUCCAAAAUGUUGUCUUGACACUUUCCAUGUUAUUCAUCUCCUGUUCUGUAGUUUGCAUAAACCUACUGAGAAUGUGAAAUCCAGCAAGUGAAUUGUGGUCACAGUUGUAUGAAUGGUUAAGAACAUAUGUCAGUUUUGUCAUAGCUGUAGGUACAUACUUACUGUAACAACUUUUAGCCUUGCUCAAUUUAUGUUCAGUGAAAUGUACAUAUUGUACUUAUUUUAAAUAACCCUCAAUCUAAAUAAAAUGGUAUAAACUUUUUUUUUUUGGAUAUGGAACAUGGAUAUCAAGUCCCAGAAGAUUGUGUCUCCCACCAUAAUAGUUGGCACCGAGCUUCCCACCAAUCAAAAUUUACCUGUCUUAUAUCUCUCAGGAACAGGUUCUUCUAUUUUAGAUGACAGAUGGCUCUUGGAGUAGUCUGAAAUGAGAGGUUGCUAAUAAUCUCAAAUCACCUACUGAGUGUCCAAGGAAACUUCGGCUUUGGUAAGAAUGCAUGGAUCUUUAAUGUCUAGAAUACAUUUUGGGAACCUGAUCCAAUUCUUUUCUAAAUCUUUUGGGGUAAAAUUAUAUCCCAAAAUGUAUUAGUCAUAAUUAAUUAUUUUUUCUUGGCUACUAGAAGCAAUGAUAUCAUCCUUGGUCCCCCCAAAUUCAGUGAAAUACAUUGAGUAUCAAAAUGCAAUAGAUCACGUGAGCUUGGGUGACUUUGUGCAAAAGAGUUAUUCUUAUAAAUGAGACCCUUUAAAGGCUUAAUACAGAUUCCAAAUCUCUUCUGCCUGAGGGCUAGAUCUGUCUCAGAAUCCAAAAUUUUUCAAAAUUUUAAAGACAAAGUAGAGUCUACCAACCAGUAAUAAAACAAAUUAAUAUUUUUGUAGCAAAAUAUAUGCAUAGUUACACUAAAUAAAUAAAGAGCCUUACAUCUA